CUUCGUUGCAACUGGAUUACAGUGCGGCAACAUCAAGCCGUACUUCGUGUCGGUCGAUGCAGAAGGCAAAUUCACACAAGAAGCAGGCCGCCAGCAGCUAGAACCUCUGCAAGCAACGUCCACUGUUCAUGAGGCACGGAGCGCGCACGCGUUUCCCAGAGACCGAGACAAGCUCGUUGACAUUGUAGACGAUAUGCAGUUUCUCGCGACGUGCGGACUUAACCCAGCACGUACAAUAAUUAGUAACUCGAUCGCAGUACGAGCGCACUCGGACUUUCGCGUCUGGGAGUGUUGUCUUCGCGAAGUUGUGACUACGGAUGGCAAGAGUUCAGUGGGUGUUGCGUUCUUGCAUCCUCUCACUAUUGCCAAAGCUGCACCUCGAGCAAAGGCGGAACCAAAGGCAAAAGCAAAAGCGGACGCAAGAGCAAAGGUACUAGGUCUACGUGUAGCGAUAGACGCAGCGUCUUUUUACUUUACUU